AUGCCGAAAAAGGUCAACCACGCUUAUUGCUGUACAAGUUUCAAACUACACUUAUCGUUACAGAGUGCAGAUGGGGGCUCUAUUCUUCUCAGCCAAGGGAGAUACCUCUCUAGGGGCAUCUAUAUGCUCCGGCUGUCUCCGUAUACUGUCUACCAGAGGGUCUCAAUUCCAGAAAAUACCGGCUUGGACGAGCCACGGGUCGAAACGACAAACUGCGCGGCAUCUACAUACGGAGGGUAUUAUUCCGAUAUCCUUGCUGCACCGUCGCAGCCAUACAACCCCAGCCGAACGCCGCAGCCCCAGCCCACAUCGCCUCCAGAGACACAAGCAGAGCCUCAAAAGGAACAAACACCACAGGAGAAGUUUGGCAUAGUCUUUGGAACCCGACUUGCUGGGCCAGGCUAUUCCUCGACUCGCUAUAACCCAUCGACUACACCCAAGUCGGCCUGGCGUACCGUUAAUGGCGUUCCUAUACCGCCACGGCCAGAAGAGCCUGAUAACUGCUGUAUGAGUGGCUGUGUACAUUGUGUUUGGGAUGACUAUCGGGAUGAUGUCGAAGCUUGGGCUCAGAGAAUAAACGAAGCUAAGAAGCGUGAUCCUCCCCGGAGAGGGUCACGGAAGAAGAAAGCGGCAGGCCCGCUACAUGAUAUGAGGCAAAGUGCGCGAAAAGAAGUUGACAGUGCAAGUGCAAGCAUGGACGAUGACGGCGGUGGGAGUCAAUCCACCUGGAAUACUGAUAUUUCUGCUGAUGUGGAUGCGGAUGCGGAUGCCCUGUUUGCCGAUAUCCCAGUUGGCAUAAGGGAGUUUAUGAAGACAGAGAAGAAAUUAAGAGAGAAACGCAAGAAAGCGGAAGAUAAAGCUUAG